AUGACGGCGCAGAUCCGGGCCCUCGUCGCGGAGCUGCAGCAGCAUCGACGACCCGCGCGCGUCUCGUUCCGGUGGCUCCCCGACGACGUCGGCGGACGGCGAUACGAAAGGGCCCGCGCCGCUUCAGGCGCUCGCCUCGAUUCGAGCAGUCGCCCGGCCCGUACAUCGCCCGCAUUCCCCGAGUCGGUGACGUUCAGAAGGGCCAGAUCAGAGGCGGCUGCCCUCCUGUCGAAUCAGCAGGGACAGAUCGCCGAGCCGCGGCAGAGCUCGCAGGGUCAAGAAGAGCGGGAGGAUCAUGGGUAUGAGGACGUCGUCGAGCCCUCGGAAGGCAUCGAGGACGGGUCAGACACGGCCGUCGAUGAGGAGGUCGAGGCUGGUCAGGGAAAGGACAGCGACGAGUCGAAAGAGGUCGACGAGCUCGAGUGCGACUGA